AUGGGAGAUGAUCGCGGAGACCGACCCCAGACCGACGAGGACGAGACCCAUCGCCCGCGAGCCGAGGUCCGGAGUUGGCCAACAAACAGUGCAAACAAGCACGGUGACGCCCAGCAACCGUCCCAGUUCCAUUUCGAGUCCUGGGAAGAGAGAUGUCAUAUCGCGUACGGUUUGCAAUUUUUCCCGUCCAGCUUUUACCCCAGAGUUAGAGGAGCGUCACAUGGUCAUAUACCCGAUAAUGCUCCAUUACACAAAAGCACAAUUCUGAGCCGCGGCCGUUACCAGCGAGGCAAAGAGAAAUUGCCCGUCAUGGCCAAUGACCGUGUCCCUAUCAAUUACCAAACACCCUCCUUCCCGUCUCUCUACGAUCCACUGGCAGGUCGACAUAAUACCGCGUACUAUCUCUAUCACACCAACGAUAUCUGGCGCUUCACGCUCUACUGGACCUUUAUUUUCUACGGAUCAACGCAUUUGCUGGUUGCAGGCUAUGCGGUGCUGACCCAUUUCCGGCAUUGGAGCAUCAUCUGGCUGGUCCCGAUUAUCUACGCGAUUAUAGCAGCGCUAGAAGCAUUAUUGGCGGGAAGUAUCGUUGGACUAGUUCUCGGUGCUGUGUAUGAAGCGGGCAAUUUCCGAAUGUCGACUUUUCUCCCCAUGAUCUGGGGCGGCGUCAAUGUGAUGGUUCUCAUUGUGACGAGCUUUCCGAUGCAAGGUGGUCUCUGA